AUGACUGUAAACCCCGCAGCAUGGAAAGGAUCAACAUUCGUGCGCCUAGGACACAGAUGGGCCACGAAACGUAUGUGGUGGGAUGAUUGGAUUGCCAUCAUCCCUCUUCUUGGAAAUAUUCUGGAUGUCGUUAUUAUGUGGUUGGAUCUUGGCGGUGGGGUGGAGUCCAAUUCUAUGAACGUCUUAUUCUCGCCUUGGUUUGGCACCUUUCUUUUUUACAUUAUCGUAUGUGCAUGGUAUAAUAUGGUUUUUAAAAAUUGUGUAAAUAAUAAAGGUGCUUUGGUCGGCCUUUAUGCCACCAUGGUCUAUUUUUUGCUGGUCAUUUCUCCGCUAACCAUGCUGUGGAAAAUCAAACUUCCACGGACGCAGCGCCGGCUAGUACUCGCCCUCUUCUCUAGCAGUCUGGUGCCCCUCCUUGCAUCUGUUGUUUACUGCGUGAUUUGGGGUCUCAGCUCCCGAAUCGGGCCAGACUUUUUAUUGAUCUUGAGAAUAAUGAGUCAAUUGCAGGCCGGUAUUUCGUUACUUGUCUGCAACUUACUUGUUGUUACCAUGCUGUUCUAUCGCAUUGUGCGAAGAGAGAUAGUUCCUGACCCCGCUGCCGAGCGCCCGCCUCAACCACAGGCAGCACCAUCAACAGAGAAACAGAUUUCAGAAUCGACCAGAAAUACCUCUACUCUACAAACCCAGUUAAGGGUAGAGGAGGUUAACUUGGAAGCCCAGUCGACAAUUAUAACCCAACAGUCAUCUUUGAGUCCGUCCUUGGUGUUAACCUCCAUAUACGACGAAUCUACCCAACAAUCCUCUUUCCCCAACUCCUCUGUUCACGAAUCGACAUUCUCCCGCUACGAUGAAGAAAAUAAUAUCAAUGCUUCUCAGUUCUCCUGGUCUUUCUCGGAAAAAAGUAAAGCCAGCCACUCACCAUCUCUACCACCAUGA